CAAUGGCCAUUCGGCUCUCCCAUCCAUCAUCACUGCAAAUUCCACCUUAAUUUUCUUUAUUUUUCAUCCAAGUUCAUUAACCAAUCCUCACACCCCAACCGCACAGGCAGUGAUGGAGCAAAUAGCCAAGCACCCCAUCCGCACAGGUAGCGCCAUGAUCCUCGGUAUUGGCACCGCGAAUCCGGAGAACUAUGUGUACCAGGCCGACUACCCUGAUUUCUACUUCAGGGUCACCAAGAGCGAACACAUGCCCGAUCUCAAAGAGAAGAUGAAGCGCAUUUGUGAGAAGACCUGCAUCAAAAAGCGUCACAUGUAUCUCACCGAGGAGAUGCUUGAAGGGAUGCCCAAUCUAUGCGCCUGUUUGGCUCCGUCUAUGGACAUCCGUCAAGAGAUAUUAGUGGAGGAAAUUCCAAAACUGGCCAAAGAAGCGGCUCUCAAGGCAAUUGAAGACUGGGGACAACCACUCUCUAAGAUUACUCACGUGGUCUUUGGCACAACCUCUGGUCUUGAUAUGCCUGGUGCUGAUCUGCGGCUUGUGGAGCUCCUUGGUCUCGACCAUUCCGUCCAACGAUACAUGCUCGGCCACCAGGCUUGUGCUGGUGGUGGCUGCAUUCUCCGACUAGCCAAAGAUAUUGCCGAGAAUAACCCCGGUGCAAGAGUUCUUGCUGUAUGCUCUGAACUCACAGUUUGCAUUUUCAGUGGCACCUGCCAUACCCAUUCCGAUUUGCUUGUUAGCCAAGCAUUAUUUGGCGACGGCUCAUCAGCCUUGAUCGUUGGUUCAAACCCUGAUAAAUCCAUCGAAACUCCAAUUUUUGAAGUUGUUGGAGCUUAUCAACAUACAAUUCCAAACUCUAGGGAAGCAGUCGAAAUCCACUCCCGUGAAGCCGGGCUCAUUGUUUACUUGGCCAGGACCUUGCCUGGCCACGUAUCCAAUAAUAUCGAGAAAUGCUUGGUUGACGCUUUCACUCCACAAGGAGUUAGCGACUGGAACUCACUCUUUUGGGUGGCCCAUCCGGGUGGCAGAGCUGUUUUGGACCUAAUCGAAUCAAAACUCGGUUUGAAGGAGGAAAAACUCUUGGCUAGUCGUCAUGUGUUGAGCGAAUACGGAAACAUGGCAAGUGCUUGCGUAUUUUUUGUUCUAGAUGAGAUGAGAAAACGAUCGCUAAAAGAAGGAAAGGCUACCACUGGGGAAGGAUGCGAAUACGGUGUGUUGUGUGGAUUUGGACCAGGAUUAACUAUUGAGACAGUUGCUCUGCGUAGUGUUGCCAUCUAAUCUAGCUUGCUUAUGGAGAGCCUGGUUACAGGUUUCUUACACAUAUACAGUAACGUAAUUAAAGUUGUAUUCUUUCAUUUGCAUUCUUGUAUUUCUCCAAUUAAUUCCUCCGGUCCGUUUCACUGCUUGGAUUGGGGGAGCAAAUUUGGAUGUGUGAGUGUCCAGUGGGAAGGAUUUUUAUGGGUUAGUGUGUGUACAACAUUCUCCCAACCAAAAGAUGUAAGAGAGUAUUUUUGAAAGUAACAAAAAUGAAAGAGUUUAAGUUGUAUUUAGGUUUUUAUUGUUCUUUAAAAUUGAGUUGUUAUAAAUGAUGAUGUAAAUAUUUAUAUUGGCUUCUAUUGCUUAAUAAAAAGAUAUAAUGAGUUCUAUUUGAA